UUCCCAUGUCAGCGGGAAACCGCGUUCCCCCUCCCCCAUGGUAAGAGCGAGAAAAAGGAGAGCGCGGGGGUGGAGUAAGGUGUAUAGUGAAAGCCCUGAAGGUGCACCUCAGAAGAGGGUAAUAAGGGUGAAGAGUAGAAUUUUCCGGUUCUAAGUAGGGGGUGGCCCCAGGAGCAGGGAGCUAUGCUGGAUGUGGAAGAUAGUGAAAUCUUUGAAAAGCCAACCCGGGGGCUCGUGGCCGGCCCAAAUUUGCGGUAUUUUCGGCGUCGCUAUUUCAAUAAGGCCGAAGUGGCCAAGCACAAUACGGCCGACGACCUGUGGGUAACCUACCUGGGCUCUGUGUACAACCUUACCUCUCUAGCCCAGGAGUACAAAGGGAGCGUGCUGAUGAAACCCAUUCUGGAGGCGGCAGGACAGGACAUCAGUCACUGGUUUGACCCCAGUACCAACGAUAUCCAAACGCACAUAGACCCGCUGACCGGCUGCCUGAAGUAUUAUACUCCCAGAGGGCGCUUCGUACACAUCCCUCCGCAGCUGCCCCGCUCGGAUUGGGCCAAUGACUUUGGCCAGCCGUGGUGGAGGCAGUCCAAGUAUGAGGUGGGACUGCUCUCCAGCAAGACCCGUCUCAUUCGAAUCAUCAAUACGCUCACUUCUCAGGAGCACACUCUGGAGGUGGGGGAACUGGAAUCCAUGUGGGAAAUCCUACACCGAUAUCUUCCCUACAAUGCUCAUGCUGCCAGCUACACUUGGAAAUUUAAUGGCGUCAAUCUCGACAUGGACAAGACUCUGGAGCAAAAUGGUAUUGUGGAUGAGGAUCAUGACUUCGAACAACUUAACAUGGAUCCAGAGCUGUUUACACCUGCCUUGUUACUAUACUUCAAUGAUGACCUCACUGAACUAUAAGGAGAUACACAUUUAAUAUGUAGAUUAGAGAGAGAACAGGGUGUAUGGCUCAGUCUCUGUGCCCCGGGGAGAAGCGGGAAGUUUAAAUUUAGUUCUUCAUCCCACUCUUGAGCUCUUAACUCUCAGUUCCUGAUUUUUUCACCAAGGCUCAUUCAUAUCCCUUGGAAACUCAGAAGAGUUUUUCUUAGCCCCCAUUUUAUAUAGCACCCCGAGGAGAUUGGGAUAUUUAUUUUUACUUUUAAAAUAAGAUUAAAUUCACCCAAGCAGUUUCAUUAAUAAGGUGAGAGUACAGGAAAAAUUUGGGUCUUCUUUUUUUCUGUCCUGUGAAGAGAUACUGAGACAAGCAUUAGGGAAAUGAUAAAAGAAUCUUGCCUCAGAGUGAAGCAUGGAGGCAGAGAGGAAGCAAGCAAGGACUUUAGGAAGAUUCAGAUACAAUAAGAAUUUAUUUUAGUGCACCUCUUUUCUAGGAUAAUGGUAGGAAACUAAAUUACUAUGGGAUUGGGAAAAGUUCUUGAAGCACUUUGAAACUGUGGAAUCAACAAACAUUUCUUAUGCACCUACUUUUUGAAAUUCACACCAACACAGUCAUAGGGUUACAGAAACAAAAAUGAAACAUCUUACUCUUAACCACCUUACAUUCUUCCACUACGGGUAAGAAAAAUCAUGUGUCUGCCAUCAUCCAGUGGGUGGGUUCAUGCUUAGUUCAGCUAGAGGUCAUGCAGAAGCAAUUAUCUAUUCCAUUUAUUCUAUCACUCCAUGAAGUACUAUAUUCUCUUGGCGUCAUAUACUCAUCAGGCUUGGGCUUUUUUGCAAAGUCGGAUGCUUUCUAAGGCCAAAUCUGAAGUGUAGUCAACUACCCUUUUUAUUUGGAGUCACUAUUAGGAAAAAGAUAAGUCAUUCAGAAACUAAGGGGAACAAGAGAAGGGAAAAGUUUCAGCUAAGCAAUGGAUAUAGCAAGAAAAUAAAUCCAGAAAUCACCAGAAAAACCUGCAUGCAACUUUGUUCCCUUUUCAUUUAGACUUUCCUUCAGGGACAUGGUGAAAUGGAGCUUUGGAGAAGAGCUGAAGGAAUGUUGAAAAUUUCAUCAUUUAUAGAGAAAUUUGAGGGACUGACCUAGAAACUGGGGAAUGUGGUACAGGGAAGGAGAAAUAUUGGAAAAUAUGCUUUAAGAAAGAGAAUGUGCCAGUAGUUGGGGAAUUUAGAGGGAUGUGGGAAAGCUAAUAGAGUCUGUUUUUCCCAUUGAAAACUUUACAGAAUAGCUUUAACAUGUCCAGAAAAGUUUUCUUUCUAGGCUCUUUCUAGGAAUUAAAGUAAUUGAGAUAAGGUGACAUCCUAUGGUGAACUAUGCCCAGAAUCAAGAAUAGAUGAUAUUUAGUUGAUCCAAAGAAGCUUCAGGAUAAGAUGAGAGGACUUCCUCCCAGAAUGGGUGGUUAGUAUCAUCUCUCCGUAUUGGAAAUCCCAGUUGCAUGAGACAUGCAGGAGUUGAUACAGAAGCAUAAGGAGAGCCGGUUCAGCUAUCAGCUUGACAGUUUUCUUUUAAGUAUUUUUGAGAGAGGGGAGAAGCAGAGAAUAAAUAAAGAUGUCUGUAUUUGUCUUCAGCAACCUCUGAUACUCAUAGAAUCUAUUCUCAGCUCAGCGGUAACACCUAAUCUAUACUACCCAUUCUAUCACUUCAUCAAAUAUAAUCUUUACACAUCUCAAGCAUAAGCUAAUAUAGAUUAUAAUUUUGCAUCCCAUCUACCUCAUCUUUACCCCCUUCCCAUACCAUCUAAUAGUUCUGAACACAGUAUUAUGGAUUGGGCGUGCUAGAUGCUACUCUUUUAAUUUAGAUAUGAAAUUUGGUCAAAUGAAUCACUCAUGAAAUCCAUCUAAAAGUUAACAAAAAAGGAGAUUUAUUUAGCUAUGGUUGGAAAUAGACAUUUAAAGCAUUAAAGACAUUCUUCCUGAGGGGAUGUUAAGGAUAUAAUAUUUGAUUCAGCUAAGCAGCACUUUUCUGUGUCAGUGUUUAUCUGAUUAUCCUUUGGUCAGACAACUCAAAGGAAGAGCUCCAAACUCUAGAAUUCUGCCUGUUUUGUACUCAACUGCUCAGGAAUAAUCAAGUCUCGGUGGAGAUCUUCAGUCAUUGCUGAUUCUGAGACCCCAUUGGGGGUUUCUUGGUAAAAAUAAUUGAUGUGGUUUCCAUUUCCCUCUCCAGAGCUGCCUCGGAAAUCCAGGCACACAACAUUAAGUGAAUGAUCCAGGGUCACCAUAACUAGUAAAAUGGUUGAAGCCAGAUUUGAAAUUGAAUCUUUCUAACUCCAGAUCCAAGCUCUAUCUACUUUACCACCUUCCUGCCUAAAGUCUUAGUACCCUGAGCCAAAUCUAGAUUCGGUACCAUUUUUUGUGUGUGAGAUAAUUGGGGUUAAGUGACUUAUCCAGGGUCAUGCAGUUGGAAGUGUUAAGUGACUGAGACCAAAUUUGAACUCAGGUCUCCUGACUUCAGGGCUGGUGCUCUAUCCACUGUGCUAUCUAGCUGCCCCUAUUCAGUACCUUUUAAUGAAACAAUUUAAUUUGCUUAGAAAGUAGGGGGCUUUAGAAUAUAUUGCUCAAUAAGUGAUUUCUAAUAAAUGAAUAUAAAAUUGGGAAUUGGAAAAAUGGAGAUAAAAAUUAGGAAUGGAUCCUCUUUUCAAUGUACAUUCCAAUUUCUUCUGUUUAUAUAUUUCUUUACUACUGUCAGGGAUACCUUCCCCAAAAUAAAACAGUGAACUUCAAGGGCAA